AUGUGUGAUAUAUACAGCCUGGAUUCUCAGUGCGUGUCUCCACAAUGCAACAUGAGUUGGGCGAUGGAGCCUACAAACUUCUACGACAAUAAGCUGAGCAGCGGUCUCCAGGGGGUCUGCAAACCCGGGAGAAGUGACCAUGGCACGGGCGAGGACACAACCAUGGCCGAGCUGAACACAGCCCCUGCAAUGUACGACGACGAGAGUGCUAUCGACUUCAGCUCCUACAUAGAGUCGAUGACAGCAGUACCACACCUGGAACUCUGCAACGAUGAACUUUUCCUUGACUUAUUCAACACUGUGAAGCAAGAGAAGACAGACUUCUACAUGCCAAGCUCGACUACGUCGUCCAGCAAUAUGCAGCAGCUGUCAAACUGUUCAACCAACGCAUACCCAGUUGGAAGCCAAAAAGAGUUCGAGAGGAAGCUCAAGGGUGGAUUUGACAACAAGGGGGUCUUCAGUGCACCGAUUAAACAGGAAUCGGACUGGAGCGACAAUGACAUGUCCUCGUCGUUACCUUCCCAGAUCAAAAACUGCGCGCAGACCUCCGUGAGCCUUCCCAUGGGACAACCAACUCCACCAUCAACCCCAGAGCCCCUCUCAAGCCAAUCAGCCCACUCCUCUCCUCGGAAGGUCGGCAAGGAGAAAGGGAAAAAGAAUUUUGACAGGUACAGCCAAGAGUACCGCCAGAGACGUGAGAGGAAUAACGUUGCAGUGAGGAAAAGUAGGGACAAAGCAAAGCAACGCAACGUGGAAAUGCAGCAAAAAAUGCUUGAACUGGGUUCAGAGAAUGACAGAUUACACAAAACUAUCGAUCAACUAACCAGUGAGCUCACUGGCCUGAGAGAUUUCUUCAAGCAGCUUCCCAAUCACAGCUCCUCGUUUUUGGGGACCACGGGUGGGGCCAGGCGGUGACCAAUUAAUCUUACUUUCUAAUUAACUGAACUUUUGAAAUACAUACCUCAACACAGACUUACCAUCUGUAACAGAUGCAUUAUAAACAAGCUUACAUUUAUGGCACUGGAAAUGUACUGGA